GGCCUCGACUCGGCGCCGGCUGCGUCCGUCGACCAGCACACCACGCAUCCGAACGCUCCUGCUCUCUAGGCCCUCGUUGAGCACGCUUCAACGGACACCCUUCGUGCGCGCCCGUCUCGUGCCGCUGCUCGUGCCCAAGUAGCUCCUGCAGACGUUCUUCGGAGCGCAUCCGAGGUACCGUCCACGCAACCAUGUCCGGCCCUCAGCAUGUGCUGAACUACCGCGGUGCCCAUGACCAAGGUUUUGCGCACCCCGUGCAGCAGCAGCAGCAUCACCAGGUGCUGCCUCCCAUGCAGCAGGGCUCGCACCACUUUGCCGCAUCGCACGCCGGCAGCGGCCACGGCUUCGGCCACGGCUCCGCCUCGUGGGGCCAUGCCUCCGACUACGCCCCCUCGCAGGGCAGCGGCGCAGCCUCGCUGCCCGGCAACCAGUCGACGGACAACAUCGCCGGCGUCAGCUCGUAUGGCAGCGAGUUCGCGGCGCCCAGCAGCGGCCACAACGACAUCUACAGCCGGCAAGGCCUCGCCGGCUACCCACAAGAGCCGGCGCCGUUCUCCAGCACCGCCUUUGAGCCUGUCGCAGCUGCGCCCUACCCGAUGCACUCUUCCUCGACCAACGGCGGCCCGACGCACAAGUUUGAGCCUGGCCUGUCCUUUGCAGACCCCUCGACUGCGCGUGCAUCCAUUUUGAACGGCGCUCCGCCGCUGUCAAAUUCGGUCUCGCACCUCGGGCCAGUGCGCAGCGGCAGUCUCAAUGGCGCUCCGCGACCGAAGCCGCCGAAGAAGCCGCCGCUUGGUCGCACAGACAUUUCCUCCGCUGCCGAUCCCGAGCACGCCAAGGAGGUCCUGCGCACCCUGCGAGCGCGUCACCCCGACAGCUCGGAGCCCGCGCCGAGCUGCGAUCGCUGCCGCCGGCGAAAGAUUCGAUGUGAUCGUGAAAAGCCGACAUGCGGCAACUGUGUGCAGAGUGGACGCGAGUGCACCACCGACGAUGUGCUGCGCAAGCGUGGCCCGCCCAGCAAGAAGGAGCGCGAGCUCAUGGAGGCAGCCGGCAUCGUCUUCCACGGCGCACGGCCGAAGCAGAAGAAGGGCCCAAAGCCGGCAGCCAGAUCUGCACCUGGCAGCAGCUCGGGCGUGCCCACUGGCGCACGUGGCGGCCUUGCGCCGAGCGGCUUUGCAGCGCCGGCGGGCGGCACUCAGGGAACGGCACCGGCGCGGGAGAGCUGGAACGACAUUCUCGCCAACAUGACGGAGCCGUCUCGCCCGCUGAGCCACGUCGCCACCUCAUCUUGGCAGCAACAGCAGCAGCAACAGCACCAGCCGUCGCGUUCGCUGGACCUCGACGCCGGACAGCACGGCUACCCGCAGGCACCGUCGUCCUGGGACAACCACGCGCGCUCGCGCCCCGCCUCUCCCGGUCACGGCGACUCUGGACGCCGUCUCUUCCCACACGGCGCUGUGGGCAUGCGCCCGCCGCAGACUGCCAGCAGCAUGCGCUCUGCCAGCAGCGUGCACACAUGGGACCCGAGCCGUCCCGACGACGCCUACGGCGGCCAGUCGCCCAGCGUCGACGCCUCGUCGGUAGACUGGGCGCACGCGCGGAACGCCAGCACCGCCAGCGGUCCCUUCCCCAGCAACGCCAGUGUGCUCUCGGCCGGCGUGCGCAGCUCCGUGCCUGCUCCUUUGCUGCCCGUUACCGGCACCUCCACGCCGCCGACGUGGUCGCGCGACGAGCAGCGCUGGCAGACUCAGACUUCGCCAGACAUGGCGCAGUCGUGGACCUCCGGGCGCAACAGCAUGACGAACACGUCCGGCCCUCUUUACGUCAUCGAUGCUGAAGGAGAGUUGCGUCAGCGCGACCCGGCACUGUACUACCGCAGCGUGAGCGACAUCAUGCGGCAGUGGCCCGACGGCCCCGCGCCCAGCAUGGAUCCCGACCCGCGAGUUGUGGCGCCAGGCCCCUCGGGCGUGUCGGUGUGGGCGAACGCGCAGGCAGAGACGCCACGCUCGCGCUGGCAGGUCGACCGCCUCAUCUCGCACGAGCUCGCCACCGUGCUCCUGGAGGAGUACUUCUCGUACCAGAACCACAUCCACCCCUUCCUCUACGAGCCGCGCGUGCGCAGCAUCUUCUACGCGCUGCAAGAGCUCGCUGUCGAGCGCCUCGACGGCCGCGUCAGCGGCAACUCUAGUGCGCGCUCAUGGAGCCCGCUGCAGCUCCGCCACCGUCAGGCUCUCAUCCUCGGCAUCCUGGCCAUGACGUCCUGCACGUCCGACGGUCUGCCGCUGCAGGGCGGCGGCGCCGCGCUGGCGUGGGAGUACGGCCACGGCUGCUUCCACCUCGCGCGCGACUUGCUCUCGCCCACGUCCAGCAUGGGCGGCUGGCCGAGUCUCGGCCACGAUGCGCUCGGCGGCCAGGAGAACGCGCAGCUGGAGCGCAUUCAGGGCCUCGCCCUCAUGGGCAUCUACCUGGCGAACGAGGCCUCGCGCGAGAACACGCGCGAGGUGCUGCGCAUGGGCUGGGACCUCGGACGGUCCAUCGACGCGCACCGCAGCCGCAGCUUCGCGGCAUCGGACCCGCGCCGCUGCGACGACGUCGACCGCGAGAUGCUGAAGCGCUCCAUGUGGGCCUGCUUCAUGAUGCUGCAGAUGGUGCGCCUUGCCGCUGCAGAGCAGCGCAAGGGCGUGUACCCUGCCGCCGAGGAGGUGUCGCAGCUGGACGUGCCAAUCCACCUGCACCCCUCGAUCGAAAAUGAGCCCGCGCUCGAGGCGUGGGUGUCGGAGCUGCGCGUGGACGUCAUUCUCGCCAGCGUGCUCGACUCGCCGCUCGCCGCGCCGCCGAUGACGACGGGCAAGGCGUUCGAGAACGAGCAGCAGGUGCACGACACGCAUCUGCGCGAGUCGUGGGCGCGCGAGCUGCUCAGCCAGCUCGACAACUGGGCGGCGAGUGCCGUGUGCUACGACACGCGGCCCUUCACGCCGUCGCUGCCGCGCAGCUUCAACACGAAGAAGUCGCGCGCCAACCACCAGAUCUGCCGCUCGCUCAUCCGCAACGGCCUCGCCAACGUCGGCUCGCUCUUCAACGUCGGCGAGGACCCGCGCAUCGACGGCACGAACCAGCACGAGCCCGACGACCCGCAGGACCGCGUCAGCGCCUGGAUCAGCACCACGCCGUCCGUGGCGAUUCGCGCCCUGUGCGGCGACAAGCGCACGGGCAGUCCCUGGGAGCAAGGCAGCGCCUAGCUGCUCGCACACUCCGCCUCCUCACAUAUUCUCCCAGCACCGCCCACCCUGCAACAUCUUCCCGUCGAGCAUCGCACCGCAGCAGCACCGCAUAAUACAUCCCAUUGCACCGCACACGUGUUCGCUGUCUGAGGCUACAGCUACCACACCGCGCAGGCUGGGUUCACGUUGAGACUUCGG